CGCUUCAGUUCCUCGGCGUGCGCUGCCGCGAGCGAACGCUCUUGUCCUCCGAUCCUGUGAGCCGCAGUAUAGUUUCCGUUCCUCCUACGCUUUGGCUGCCCCACCAUGACAACGGCAGACGUCCGCGUGCGGAUGGGGGUCGGGGUGGGGGUGGGCGCCGGCCCCCCGCCGGUGCAGCAGGCCCCUCGGCAGGCGCCCCCAGCGCCGCCCGCCCUCGACUCGCUGGACCUCAACGACCGCACGCUCUUUGCCGUCUACUGCUUCAUUAAGAACUUCAUCGGUGCUUCGGGAGCUAGCGCGGUCGCGAUCGACAACAAGAUCGAGCAAGCCAUGGACCUCGUCAAGAGCCACCUCAUGUUCGCGGUGCGUGAGGAGGUGGAGGUGCUCAAGGACAAGAUCGCCGAGCUGAUGGACCGCAUCAACAAGCUGGAGCUGGAGAACUCCAUCCUGAAAGCCAACGCCACACAGGAGACGCUCGAGCAGCUGCUGCUCGCCCCCAAGCCCUGCGACGUCGCGGCGCUCCAGCAGAACGGCGUCCCGGCGCAGCAGGGCGGCCAGCAGAACGGGGGGGCCACGCCCUGAGCGAGUCGCCCCCCAGUGCGCCGCCCUCCCGCCCCCUCCAGGAUGCGCGGGCACGGGGCCGGCUGACGCCACCUUGGGUACCCCGAUGACGCCUUCUCCAAGGCAACAGGGGCGCCUCCCGGGGCAUCCCUCAAGACGCCAUCCACUGUGAACGCGUCCCAGGCUCCCCGAUGACGUCCUCUGCCGAGGGCGCACGGACCACCGCCGUUGUGGCGCCACGAGCGCCGCGCCGCGCCCGGUCCGCCUACCACUGCCUGUCACCGCGGUGUUGGAUAUGAUUUGUUUUUCUUUCCCUUCCUCUUUAAUUUUUUGUACGAUGUGGCGUGUGACGAAAAAUUUUGUUUCUGGUUGGCGCUUUUUCUUGUCUAUUAAGUUUGCUCAGGUUGAUGCUGUCUGGGCUUGAGAGAAACAUGUGGGUGUGAUAGCCGUUUUUGGUGGCCUGUCGAAUCACUAUCGGCAGUUUGAGGUACAUGGUGUAAGUCGUGGAAUGUGGUGGGGCACUUUUUUCCUCAUUUUCAGUAGCUCUAGUCGUUACACAUAAGACUGAACCCCUCGAAAAAGAAAUGAAAAAAUAAUAAUGAUAAUACUGUUAUUUGAUAUGCCCCACGCCGUUCAAACACACGAUGUGUAAAAGCACGGUCUGGUCGGGUGAGUUUUUUCGCAUAAUCGAUUGUUCUAAGGUAGGGAAGCGGCCGUCGCACAUUCCUUUCGCUGUGAUGUAGGCAAAGGCCGCGAGUGAAAGCAAAAAUACAGCAUCAACCUCGUUUUGCUAUUGCUGUUGUUUCGUUUUAGGUCUUUUAAUUUCAAGCUUAUUUUAAAGGACCUCAUGUUUAAGAGCGCCUGGAUUAUUUCAGUAUUUUACACUUACGUUUUGCAAAAUGCAAGCAUUCAAAGUCAUUAUGGCUGUGUUAGUAUGUAGCUAGGUUAAGUCCAUCUUCAUUUUAAACUCGUUUCAACUUUCCUUCAUCGUUUUCCCUACUUGCUGCAAUCCUAUCAUAUUUUUCUUUGGCUUUGUUAUGUGUGAAGUGAAUCAGCGAUAUCACUUGCCUUACUUUAUGUUAUUUUGAAUGAGAAAACUCUGCAGUUACGGGGACUGGGAAUUCCCCCUUAUCGUUGCCAAAUGGAAAUCAAUGAAUCCGAAUGAAUCUCAUUUCGCAACGUUAUGUUGAAAAUUUUCUUCCUCAUGGAAGUUUGGAAAUUCUCUCACGAGAAUAAAACGGGGGACACCAAAAAAAGAUUUGUAAAGGGUCAGUGUCCCUCUUAAUAUUUUUCGCUCAAUGCUUGCGUCUUGCGCGAAAACAUAAUUGUUUUCCGAGUAUUGUAUGAUUAUAUCGCUCAUUUUUCGUAGUCACUAAAAGUACAUUACCUACCUCUAAUAGGGAUCAGCUUAUUCGGUCGUUUUAACAAUGAGCAUUAAUGAAAACAUACAAUUAUUCUAUUAUGUAGACGCAUAAAAUCUCGGCCGCACGCUUGGUAAUUUUUUGUCAUUAAAACGUGUUUUAAUCACGGCGGUUUUCUUUCGCGUGCAGCGGUCGUUACUUCGCUUAGUCUAGCAAAAGCUUUAUUUAAACAACCCGCGUGAAACCCAAACCCUUCCGAUCAGGACCGGGGACUGUGGGGCCUGGCCGGGUCUGGCCGGGUCGCGCCUUUUGCUCUUUGGCUAAUUGUUUAUGACGCGUGGACUGUGCCAUAACAACACUGCGCUAAAAACGGACCCUCCGUCUCCUUCUUCCACCAUCUGUGGUCUUGCUCAAUUAGGAGGCGUCAUUAAAAUGGCUCCACGGGUUUCAUAACGGUUAUUGCCACUUGCACAAGGCAUGCGGACAGGGCGGGGAGGCCCAUCACGGGGAGGCAAACCCGGCAUCGUGCUCGGCAUAGGUUUAAAUGGUCUUGCCAAAUUCAAUUUUAACUUUUUUAAAAAUUUAAGUCCCACCAAUGACUGAGUAGAAAUGGGCGCAUUUUGCAUUUUUAACUAACGGACCAUACCAAAAGCAUGAUGCAGUUUGCCUGCUCGUGAAGGCUUCUUGCGACUUUAGAGUAACGGAAAGCUAGUAUACGAUACCAGUUGUUAGCUGCACGAUCUUUUUUUACAUAAAUCUACAACUUACUAUUUGCCAUAGAAGGAUUGUUCAAGUUGCCCACGAGUUUGGUCGACGUCAGAAGCUAUUGAUGAAAUGUGUUGGACUUAACGACCCCA